CUAAUAUGGAAAGAAUUAUUAAGGCUCAAGCACUUAGAGAUACUUCCACUAUGGGAUAUAUGUCUGCUAAGAAACAUUUAGAAAUUAAUCCAGAUCAUCCAAUUGUGGAAAAUUUGAGACAAAAAGCUGAAGUUGAUAAAAACGACAAAGCUGUAAAGGAUUUGGUUAUUUUACUCUUCGAAACUGCUUUAUUGAGUUCUGGAUUCACUUUGGAUGAACCUCAAGUUCAUGCUUCUAGAAUUUACAGAAUGAUCAAAUUGGGUCUUGGAAUUGAUGAAGAUGAAAUGGUUGUGGAUGAUUUGCCGGCUGGAGAUGCACCCACCAAAGAGGGUGAAUCUGAAGAUGCUUCUCGUAUGGAAGAGGUUGAUUAAGAUGUUGGGUUUGAAGAGAUUUAGAAGAAUUAAAAUUCAAGAAG